AUGGAGACGCCCCUUACCGCAAACGACAUCGAGCUUGAGCGGCUACGCAGCUCCCUCGUCAGCACGUCGAGCAUGUCCAUGUGGACGAAACUGGUCCAUCGAAAAACUCGACGAGCAUACAACUAUCACGCCACGCAAAACACGCACAUCAACCGUCUCGUCCAGGUGGCAGAGGAUCCAACGGCUUCGCGAUUGCUAGACGACCGACCAGACUCAUCGGCCUUUCACGUCAGGGCCGCCAUUUACUUGUCGAUAUAUGGCACCAUUGUCGUUGCAGCGCUGCAGGUCUAUGCAGCUGUGACAACUCUUUCGUUGUCGCUCUUCGUCACCAUGGCAGAGAGCUGCUGUGAAGCCGCGAGCAACAUCGGCCUGAACUACCUCCAUAGAAAAUCCAAAAAACUUAGCGGUUCGCCCCGAUGGCCCGCAGGUGCAGCAAGGCUGGGCAACGCCGGCAACAUCUGCUUCGCGUUUGCCCUGAUGGCCGUCUCCUUGGUUCUCAUCGUCGAGAGCAUCCGUGACCUGGCCAAGAGCGAGCACGAGCUCGGAAAGUUCUCGGUGGCGGCCAUCGUCGCUGCUGCGUGCGGAUUCGGCAUCAAACUCGGUUUGGCAAUCUACUGCUUCAUCUUCCGGAAACACAGCAGCCAGCUCGAGAUGCUCUGGGAGGAUAACCGCAACGACUGUUUUGAAUACGGCUUCGCCAUCUUCACAUCCGCCGCCGGCGCAAAGUUGAAUUGGUGGGUUGAUCCAGUUGGUGCUAUGCUCAUCGCAUGUGUCAUCGUCGUCACCUGGAUUGGUACUGUCCGUUCAGAGUUUCUGCAGCUCUGCGGAGUUGGCGCCUCGCCUAGCUUGGUACAGGAGAUUGUCUUCCUCACUAUUCGUCACUCUCCUUUAAUCUUGCAAGUCGACACGGUUCAUGCAUAUCACUGGGGCGAAGACUUUGUUGUUGAGGUGGAUAUUGUCAUGGCACCUGAGCGGUCCCUUCGCGAGGUCCACGACAUCUCGCAAGCAUUACAAGACAAGCUCGAGACAGUCGAGGGCGUUGGCCGAGCUUUCGUUCACGUUGAUUACGAAACUGGGCAUAUGCCUGAGCACCGUAAAACUCGUUGA